AGAGGAAGUGACGUGCGGCCCGGGCUGAAAGGCCGCGGCGGGGUAUUCUGGCAGUCCCCGGGGGCUGCAUCCCUUGGCGGUCUCAGGGGUAUGGCUCUCUACGUCCUUCUCCUCCUUGUCCUCGUCGUGCAGGCCCAGAGCAGGACUGAGAUGAGCAUCGCGGAACCGGAGCCGUCCUCGGUGCCUGUACCAACCAAUGUUACAAUUGAGUCCUAUAAUAUGAAUCCGGUCCUAUCUUGGGAGUACCAGAUCACAGUGCCAACCUCUGUUUUCACUGUACAGGUAAAGAAUUAUGGGGAUGGGAAAUGGAUUGAUGCCUGUACGAAUAUUUCUCAUCAUCAGUGUAAUAUUUUUAAGGCAAUUUCUGAUCCGUCAAGUCCUGUUUGGGCCAGAGUUAAAGCUAGGCUUGGACAAAAAGAAUCUGCCUAUGUGGAGUCAAAAGAAUUUAUUAUGUGUCAACAAGGGAAAGUUGGACCCCCUAAACUGGAUGUCAGUAAAAAAGAAAACCAAAUCAUUAUUGACAUAUUUCACCCAUCAAUUAUUGUAAAUGGAGAAGAGAUCGGAAUCAUGUCUGAUUAUGACGAUAGCUGUUACAGUUUCAUAUACAAUCUGUAUGUGAGAAUUAAUGGGAGUGAAUUUUCACAGGAUGAAAAUGGUGUUAUUUCUUUGCAUAUUAAAAGGAGCCAUGCAUUUUUAUUGUUUUUUAUGCAGACUGUAAGUCAGCAGGUAGAUAAUUGCAAUGAGACUCAGUGUUGGUCAAGUAUUCCAGUGUCCUCACUGAAUGCUGAGUACUGUGUUUCAGCAGAAGGCGUCGCAGAUAGGUGGGACGUUACAACGGAAAAGUCAAAAGAAUAUUGUAUUACCGUUCCAGAUAACAGCACAACGUAUUCUCUUUGGAUUCCAGUUGUUUCUGCUGUCCUAUUUGUACUACUUAUCUUCAUAUUCGUAUAUUGUCAGAUUAAGAAGAUAAAUCCUUUUAAGAGAAAAAGCAUCACAUUACCCAAGUCCUUGCUCUCUGUUGUAAAAAAUGCCACUUCAGAGACAAAACCUGAAUCAAAAUAUGUAUCGUUCAUCACAUCAUACCAACCUAUUGCCCUAGAAAAUGAGAAGGUGAUCAGUGGAGAGCAGCUGUCUCCAGCAACAAUUUCAAGCAUGCAUACAGAAGGCAAUCCAGGAGAAGUGGAGAACAUAGAAGAAGUUUCUAGUGAAACAGAAGUGGUGACUAUUGAAGAAGAAAAUACUUCUGAUGUGGUCCCAGGGAGCCCUGUGACUACAAUAAGAAGAGAGAAUUCUUUGCAUUCUAGUAGCAACCAGUCUAAACCCGGUAGUGUCACCUUAAACUUGUAUCAUUCCAGAAAUGGUUCUGAUAGUGGCCUUGUGGAAUCGGACAGCUCUUUAUCUGACUCAGAAUUUCCCCCAGGUAAUAAAACUGAAAUAAAGGCAGAAGGACAAGACUCCACAACACUGAGAAACACUACCACCUCAUUUGGUUACGAUAAACCACACGUGCUGGUAGAGCUACUUGUGGAUGGUGGUGGUAAAGAGUCCUUGAUUGGUUAUAGACUUCCAGCAGAUUCGAAAGAGUUUUCAUAAAGUCAACUAAGAUGCGCCAACUUUGAGGCUGUGAUUUCCUGACAGUUUUUAUGCUUUGAUUUUAUGAAAAGACGAAUUCAGAAAUUGAAUCUUUGUUGAUAGUGUUUUAGAUAAAAGUAUGAAGAGCCUGUUUGGCACUGUUACCUUUAAUCUGAAAACUACAGAAAUGCCUUUUUUUUUUUUUUUCAAAAACAACAUUGUAUCAUGUGAAGCUUUCCAUCUGUAUGGGUUAGUAGUAAUCAUGGGCACUCUCUAAUACUCCUGCUUCCUGUGAUGGUAGGUGUUACCUCUGUCCUUUCUAGCAAUUUAAAGAGUUAUAAUACAUUAUUGUUUCUUCUGCCUAGGUAUGGUGUUUGUUUUUGAAAGUUUAUGUGUAUAGCAUGUUUAAAUGCUUAAUUUCAAAAGAAAUUCUGAAAACUUUUCAAAAUUGUAUUUAAAAUCUAAUUCAAACUAAUAGGAUGAAUAAAGGGCAUGUAAAUAGAAACAGUUUUUACUGGACAUUGUUUUUCAAGAUCUUUAAAUAAAAUAUUUUUAAAACUUA